AUGGGAUUAAUUCAUCGAACUCUGUAUAUGAUAUUUUUCGCGUGUAUGAUGAGUUUUAUAAUCAUCGAUAUGUUAUUUAACACUCCAUUAGCAAUGAGUAGUGAUAGAAAAAUACAUACAAGAGAACAAAUGAUAUUAGCAAAACAACUUAUUUCGAAUAAAUCUCAUCUAUGUGAUUCAACAAAGCAUCAUAAAGUUAUCAUUGUUGUCAAAUCUGUUGCAACAUCGUCUGGAAAAUAUUAUAAGAGAAGAAUGUUUACAAGAGAAAGUUUGUCUCGAAAAGCAAAACAAUUCAAUAUUUCUGUUUUAUAUGCAAUUGGUCUAUCAGAGAAUGAUCAAGUUCAACAAAAAUUACUGAACGAAGAUAAAAUUUACGAUGAUAUAUUACAAUUUAAUUUCACCGAUACAUAUUAUAAUUUGACAUUAAAAACAAUGGGCGUUCUGUUUUGGUAUAAUCGUUAUUGUUUGAAUUCAAGUUCAUAUUUGUAUUAUAUUGAUGACAAUGUACUAUUAAAUGUACCUGCUCUUAUGAAAUAUUUAAAUAAUUCAAAUCGACGAAAUGAUACCCUCAAAGGGAUUAUAUUUAAACAAAAAUAUCCUUUCGCAACAGAAAAAUGGAGUAUGUCGAUAGAAGAUUAUCCAAAUAAAACAUAUUCUAAUUAUAUUAUGGGCACAGCGACAUUAUUUCCAUCUAAGAUAAUACCAAAAUUAAUUGAAUCUUCAAUUAAAAUUCUUCCAACAUUAUUUCUUGAUGAUAUAUUUAUUUCGGAUAUUGUUGCUCAUCAUACAUCAGUGAAACAACAACAAUUAGAUGACACAUUGAAUUGUAGUCAAACUAUACAAUUGUCUAAAAAUAUUUUUAUUUUAGAGUGUAAUCAAAAUCGAAUGGUGGUAUGGACAAAAUAUCUAAUAGAAAAAAAACAGACAAAUAAUAAUAGUUUUCAGUUAAUUGAAAUAGCGAAUAAUAUUAAUACGAAUAUGAUUCUUUCAGAUCGAUCUCGUAUACAAAAUCAUUAUUCAUUUCUAAGAGAAUAUCGUGUUAUUGCAUUGUCGUUGAUACUAUUUCUUUUUUCAACAAUAAGAUUAAUAUGGAAAGCGAUUUAUACUAGGUUUAAUCAUCAAGAAUAUAUAUGUCGAGUUUAA